AUGGCUCAACCCGUCCGCUCCGUCGACCGUCGCUUCACCACAACUGCAUUCGAGAUCCCCGGCUACUUCGUCGCCCAGGCUCAUGGAGUCGUCCGCGGUAUCACAGUGAGAAACCCCAACGCCGGCAAAGCGUUCGUCGGCGCCUGGGCCUCGCUUGCCGGAGGAGAGAGCUCGACCUACAUCGAGAUGGCUGAGAAGGCUCGUGAGAGAGCUUUCUUGAGAAUGCUCGAGCACGCUGCUGCUGCCGGUGGCAAUGGUAUGAUGUUCUGUUCUCCGUCAUUGGUGUCGAGUUUACCGGACAAGAGAUUAUUCAGAAUGACUGAGGUUAUGGCUUACGGAACUGCCGUUACCUUGGUUCCCCUCCAACAGCAGCAACAGCAACCUAUUAUGCAGCAGCAACAGCAACCUAUUAUGCAACAGCAACAGCAGCCCAUUAUGCAGCAACAGCAGCAGCCCAUUAUGCAGCAGCCUCUCCAGCAGCCCAUGUACAGCCCUGUCAGCAGCCCUUAUGGUCAGCCCCAGCACCAGCAGUUCAGCCCUGCUCUUCCCCCCAAGAACUAA